UCUCCUUAUUCUCACUUUCUCUUCCCUGUUUUCAACUAAUCAUAUUUUGCCAUAAAAUUUUCCCAGAAAAAAUAUAAAACCCAAACUUUUUCAUUUCUUCUUCUUUGGGUAUUUGUUUAUUUGUUUAUUUAUUUAUAUAUAUAAUACCAUACCCUUUUCUUCUUACCUACUUAACAAAGUUUCUUUGUUUUGAUUUUCCAAUUCCACGGCCAUGGAACCUCACUCACCCAAAAAGUUCCUAACUCGACUCAACUCAGCCGUGGCCAACGGUCGAAUCGGGAAGCGUUUCAAACUCACUGAACGGAACUCCACUUUCACAACCGAGUUACGUGCCGGCACAGCGACGUUUCUCACCAUGGCUUACAUCUUAGCCGUCAAUGCUUCCAUCCUCGCCGACUCAGGCGGUCCUUGCAGCGUCUCAGAUUGCGUUCCUUUGUGCUCUGACCCUUCUGUUCCAUUGUCCAACUGUACCGGGUCAACCCAAAGAGUCAUCCAGCCCGAUGUCUCAUGCAAAUUCGACCCGGUUAACCCGGGAUACGCUUCAUGUUUGGAGAAAGUACGUAAAGAUCUCAUAGUAGCCACUGUCGCUUCGUCUCUUAUUGGCUGCGUAAUCAUGGGUGCUUUCGCGAAUUUGCCCCUAGCUUUGGCUCCCGGUAUGGGUACAAAUGCUUAUUUUGCCUAUACCGUUGUCGGGUUUCACGGGUCGGGUAGUAUCUCUUAUAAGAAUGCUUUAGCCGCCGUCUUCAUUGAAGGGUUAAUCUUUUUGUUCAUUUCAGCUAUUGGAUUCCGGGCCAAGUUAGCUAAGUUGGUUCCCAAACCCGUCCGGAUCAGCUCGUCAGCCGGCAUCGGGCUUUUUCUCGCGUUUAUUGGGUUACAAAAUAACCAAGGAAUCGGAUUAAUCGGGUAUAAUCCAUCAACCCUUGUGACCCUCGCCGGGUGCCCGAGUUCGUCCCGGAUUUCAGUUGCCCCGGUUUUAGAAUUGGCUAACUCAAGCGUCAGUCUAAUGCCUGGAGGUACUGUUUCCGGCGACAUAUUUUGCCUACGUAACAGAAUGGAGAGUCCCACACUAUGGCUUGGAAUCGUCGGCUUUGUCAUUAUAGCUUAUUGCUUGGUGAAAAAUAUUAAGGGUGCUAUGAUUUACGGUAUAGUAUUUGUAACGGCGGUUUCAUGGUUCCGUGGCACUAAAGUGACGGCUUUUCCGAACACCGACGCCGGUAAUUCCGCCCAUGAGUAUUUCAAGAAAGUUGUUGAUAUCCAUUUAAUUCAAAGUACAGCUGGGGCGUUGAGUUUUGAUACUAUUGGUAAAGGCUACUUUUGGGAGGCUUUGAUCACGUUCUUAUAUGUUGACAUAUUGGAUACAACUGGUACGUUAUAUUCCAUGGCCAGAUUUGCCGGUUUCACCGACGAAAACGGGGAUUUCGAGGGUCAAUAUUUCGCUUUCAUGUCCGACGCCAUGUCAAUCGUCGUGGGAUCGUUGCUCGGGACAUCACCGGUAACAGCUUUCAUCGAAUCAUCAACAGGGAUACGAGAAGGUGGACGAACAGGACUCACAGCUUUAACAGUGGCGGGAUAUUUUCUGCUAGCUUUCUUCUUCACACCGCUUUUGGCGUCGAUACCAGCAUGGGCGGUGGGGCCGCCGCUAAUACUGGUGGGAGUGUUGAUGAUGAGAGCAGUGGUGGAAAUUGAGUGGGAUGAUAUGAGGCAGGCAAUCCCUGCUUUUGUGACAUUGAUAUUGAUGCCUUUAAGCUAUUCGAUAGCAUAUGGGCUAAUUGGUGGGAUUGGGACUUACAUUGUCUUACACAUUGGGGACUGGGCGAGGGAUGUGCUGGUAAAGUAUGGCGUCGUAAAAAGAAGAGAGAUUGCGGCCAAUGGGGCACAUAUUCAGCAACAUGCAUGUGUAAAAGCAGUUGAAGUUGAUCCUGUUUAGGUCUUAGCACCCUUCUCGUAUCUUUACUUUUGUUUUUACACCUUUUGGACUAAUAUCUUUCUAGUCCUUGUACAAAUACAUAUGUAUUUAUUUAGGAUAACAAAUCCUUUCACAUACACAUGUUAGAUACUACUAGUCAAUCUAUUUUGUAUGAAUUUUGAUUGUA